AUUCAACAACAGCCGUAUGGAACGAGUCCCACGGCUGUCAUCUUGCUGGCCAGUACCACGCGCCUGGAUCUUCAUGGCAUCCGUACCUAGUACCGGGAGGUUAUGAUACCUGUGCAGUUUGUACUUGCGAGUUCUCUACGCGACAGGUCAAGUGUCCACGUGUCAAAUGCCCACCACUGAGGUGCGCCGAAAAGGACGCCUAUAGACCAGAUAAGAAGUCUUGCUGUAGAGUUUGUCCAGUGGUAAAAGAAAAGAAGGCGGAAGAGGAGACCUUGAAGGACCAGGGUACGCCACGCACAGCAGAUGAGAUUUUGGCGGAGGGUGGUUGCAAAUUCCCAGAUGGACCAUUACCGAAUGGCAAGGAAGUACACCCCUCCAUACACUCGCAUGGCGAGCAGAGGUGUGUCACGUGCAGAUGCAAGGACGGCGAAGUUACGUGCAUACGCAAGCGGUGCGGUCGCGCUGCGUGCGCGCGGCGGCGACGAGGCGACGCCUGCUGCGCAUGCACGCGCCACCGAAGGCAGCGCGCGCCCCGCCCGCCCAGCUGA